GGUGUUCUAUAAUGGUGAAGAAUGGGAUAUCCAACCCCUACGCUUGAUAUGUAGAGAACAUGAAAUAUACAUAAUUGUAAAUGAUUUAUUUUGAUAUAUUACAAGCUGUCUUUGAUUUUGUGUCAUGAUUGGUGUAACUGUCGACACAUAUAUCUAAGCAAAUGGCAGUUAUGAGCUUACUUCGAUCAGAGGAGUCAGGCAUAUCAGUAAUCAAUACACAGUAUUCGUUAGAGAAUGUGUUUGAUGUGAGUCUUCGCAAGCGUUAGGAUCAUGGCCGAGCCAAUGAAACCCCCGGCUUUCUAUGCAUGUCCGAGGCGUAUAGUCCUAGGAUGUGUCGACAUUAAGUUAUACUUAUAAGCAUCUGCUUAUAAGUGAGUGAGUAAGUCAGGCUCAUAGCUUCAUGUAACAACUACCUAUUCAGUUAACAUAACUCUAUUAUACCACUGACUAGAAUGAAGUAUGAGUAUACACCACUCGACCCAACGUCGCAAGACAUUCGCUUAGUCACUAUACUCCCUGGGAAAUUCGACGACCCCAUCCAGAUCAACAUCACUCACGCCCCGCUCAUCCCGCCUACUCGGGAUGAUAAGCCAAAGCGGAUGUCGCUGGCCUCCCUACGGGGAACCAUUCCUCAGAGCUGGAACGCCCGCGAGACCUUAGAAGGCCGUAUCGUUUUUCGAAAUUACGACGGCAUGUAUUCUUCCUGGGACCAUCCGGAUCCUAAUUUCCCGCGCGACAGGUAUGAACUUCCCCAAGACGGGAAGUCGAGCGUCAAGUUCGAGGCGCUGUCUUAUACUUGGGGAUCACCGAAGGUCAGGGAGAAGGCGGCGGUGGUUCAGGGCGAGGGGGAGGAAGUUAGAGGGUUAAAAGCGUUGAGGACGCAGCGUCUGCCUAUUCAGGGGAACCUCCAGGAAGCGAUACGUCACCUUCGGUAUGAGGAUAAGGGCCGGGUUGUGUGGAUCGAUGCUCUUUGCAUCAACCAAGAUGACCUCGACGAGCGGAGCGAGCAGGUUAAGCGUAUGGGCCUGAUCUACACGCUCGCUCAUAGGGUUAUAGCAUGGUUAGGUCCCGGCACCCCAAGUAGCGAUCUUGCGUUUGCCAAGCUGGCGUAUCUCGGCCGACAAAUCGAGCACACCAAAGACGGUACCAUGCUCUCCGCGCCCGGCUGCACGGAAGACAAAUGGUUCUCGAGCAAGACCGCUCUGCCCUGGGACACGGCCACAUGGGACGCCAUCUCCGAGACGUGUUCGCGGGACUGGUUCGCGCGGCUCUGGAUCGUGCAGGAAAUCCAUCUCGGCAACGCCAACUCGGUGCUGAAAUGCGGGCACAGCGAGAUCUCCUGGGCCUUGUUCCGCAGAGCCAUCAUCUGCAUCCACGCCAAGGACGUCGGCGUCCCCGAGACCCUCUGGCACAAGACGCAGCAGAUCAAGUUCCUGUGCGAGCACCUCGCCGACAUGCCGUUUGCGGAAACGCUCAAGAACCACCACAUGCGCCCGUGUCUCGACGCGCGCGAUAAGAUCUACGGCCUGCUGAGCCUGGCGCCGCCGGAAAUCGCUAGGUAUGUUACCCCGGACUAUAACAUGUCCCCGCUCGAGGUGUUCAGGAGCGUCUUUUUGGCGUUUGUAAAGCAUGAGAGGCGCGUUUCGCUGCUGCCGUAUGCGGGGAGGAGGUACGCGACUGCUACUACGAUUCCGGCGGAGUGGCCGACUUGGUUGCCGGAUUGGUCGCGUUACUUGCGCGUCACGGCGCCUCACCACGUCGGGUUCUGCGCCAGCGGGAUCUCAGCCUCGCGCGCGAAAUACGUCGACCCCGGACGUCUCGAGGUCUCGGGGGUAUACUUCGCCAGCGUGUCGUGCGUCGGCGCUCAGAUCGCCACGGAUAAUUUCGCCGACUUCCGCGGGACGUGUCGGCGUAUGGGCCUCGAUCGGUUAAAGGGGGCGGCGGCCCCGUACCCGUCCCGCGGGACGUACCGCGACGCGUGGCUGGAGACGCUGGCGCUGGGGAGAGUCGAGGAUCGGUCUUAUGGUAUUGGGUACCCUAGCCUGGAUAGUCUGGCGGCGAUGAUAGCUGCGCCGGAGGGAGGAAGAGAGGCUGAGAGGGAGGAGAAGGAGAAGGGGUUGUCGGAUGGGUGGAAGAUAUGGACUACUGGGCGGAUUAAUGGGUGUUAUCUGUUUAGUACGCAGAAUGGGUAUGUGGGUAUGAUAAAUGGAGAGCCGCGGCAGGGUGAUGAGAUCUUUGUGGUUCUUGGGUGUAAUAUGCCUAUGCUUUUGAGACCGACAGCAAGUGGAGAGCACGAGGUCAUUGGUGAUUGUUACGUACAUGGUAUUAUGGACGGCGAAGCCCUCUUCGGCUCGAUCCCCCCGCCCUGGACAGCGCAGAUAGGCGCCGACGAAGACAACCGCGUGCGAGUGAUGUACUACAACGAGGAAACCGGGGUCAUGUACAGAGACCACCAGCGGCUGCAGGAGGUCCCGGUGCCGAUGGGGUGGGAGGAGAUCACCGCGUGGGACAAGUCCCGGGCCGACCCCUUGUAUUGUAAGAAGUUCUACAAUAAGGAGACGGGCGAGGUGAUUAACUCGGACCCGAGACUCUUUCCGGAAGCGUUUAGGGAACGUGGGGUUCCUGUUGAGACUAUUACGCUUGUUUGACGCUGUCUUUGGUGGCGGUGUUGUAUACCCAAUGUAAGUUAGAUGUAAGUUAGACAAGGCAUGGUCCGGUAUGUAGUUAGUCUAUGGUUUCGGAUGCUACGGCUUUAUAGAGCUAUCGCAUAAAGUAUCGACUUCGAGAACAAGCCAAGUCCGCCAUCGUAGACUAGGCAUCUCAUAGGAAAAGACGGACUAAAGCUAGUCGACAUACGGUUUAAGCAAGGCAAGGGUACGGAUAUGUUGGUAGGAUAUAUACUCCGCGGACGACUUAUAGCUCUGCCGUGGAGUAAAUAAUUAAUAAUACUCCUUACCAA